AUGGCUACCUGGCCCUCCGACAGUGUCUGGUCCCCCCAGACACACAACGAACAAAUCUAUGCUCGCGCCCCCAACCCAGCUGAGUUCCCAGAGGUCCCGGCUAUCUCCAAGAGUUACUGGAUUCGUGAGCAUCGCCUCGACUUCGAAGAAGAAUGUGCGCGGACAUCGCUGCCUUCUGAAGUCGAUGUCGUCAUUAUCGGAUCUGGGAUCACCGGUGCAACGGUGGCGUACCAAAUCUCACGCUCGCAACCCGAUCUCUGUGUGGCUUUGAUUGAAUCCCGGGGCCUCUGCACGGGCGCUACGGGGCGAAAUGGAGGACAUAUUGGACGACCAGAGGUGUAUCAUUUUCGGGAGCUAGCGGAGGAAGUUGGCGUCAAGGAAGCCUUGAAACUCAAGAGGUUUGGGCAGAAGAACCGGAAUAUGAUGGUUGAAGCAAUUAAUGAACUUGAAGCCGUGGCUGAAGUCGACCUACAGCUCAAUGGGACAAUCGUGGUGUUUGAGACGGCCGAGGAAAAGGAGGAGUUUGUGGCUGAUUUGGAAUCGGCCAAACAGCACGGCCAUGAGCCAGAGGGUUACUUGAUAAAGGAGACAAGUGACGUUCUAUCUGUGAGAACACCUCCCUUUACAGCUACCAUAUCCAUAGACACUGACACAGUGCGAGUCUAG